UGGGUAUAGGCUUAGAAAACUCUGUGGGAGGUUGCGGGCCUUGCCGGCGUUUCCCAUCACCUGUAAAAGAAAAAAAAAGCCGCAUACAAAGUAACGAGGGUGCUGCUAUGAUUUUAUGGCUAACGGUGAGCUGUAGUAAACUGCUAAGGAGACUUAAGUAUCCCGAGCAUACGCUGGGCUGGAUGGCAGCCAGGUUAAGAAACAAGAAACGCUGGCAAACCAAGGCAGCGGGCGGGCAGGUAAGCGCGGGUGGCCCCAAAGGAUGGCAGCGACCCUGGGAAGGCUCACGGACGUCGUAGUAGCCCCUUGGCACGAUGAACGCAGAUGCCGUUGGCCGGUGGAGUGUGUUUUCUUAAGUGGGAAAUCACGACACCGCUGUAAAUUCCCCUGUGUAACCAAGGCAGGCAGAUACCAUUUGUUGCCUUUCUUGCUCCUGUCUUUGAUAGCACCUGCUGGGGCUACGGUGUGUAUCUGAGUUUGGCCGAGUUUUGUACGUUACUUACAUAUAGGUGCAGCUAUUUUGUAAAUAAAAUUACUGAAUAGAACCUGCACAGAAGACACAUGAAAAUUCAUGGGUUAUAACCUAUAUUAAAGGAAUAUUCAGCCAAACACCAAACUGACUUGCUGUGUGAUAAAUCCGUUGGGUGCUGUCAGCGUCAAGAAAGCGUACGCCAUUCUAUAGUUGUUCUUUUUCUUUUUUCAGAUUUUCCCUUUGUGUUUGGGGAGCUGCAACUGUUACUGCUUUGUGUGGGGAUGCUUUGUCAGAGCGUGCUGCACACACGUUUGUGAAAUAAAGUGUGAGCCCUGAAGAGCUCAAGUGAAAAUCUGGAAAUAAGAUUUAGCUGUUGUUUUAGAACCAGCAGAGGGAGCACCACAUUCUCUUUUUAAAAGGAAAAACAUUAUGGUUUGCAGAAUUCUUGGGGUUUUACAUAUAAGCCACACAUGCAUGCUUUGGUUGAAAGUUUUACUUAUUUGAAGACUGAGAAUAGACUUUGAUAUUAUAGUACGCUGUGAGAAUGUUUGUCGGUUUUACUUUGCUGUAGUAACCUUUUUUAAACAUUCACUUUGAAGCCAACAUGUCUCGAGAGACCGGAAGUGAAGCACAGCAGUCUCAAGGUACCCAACCGUCACAGAGUGGUACCAGUUCCUCCUCCGGUGGGUCACAGAGUACUAGUCAGUCUUCCUCAAGUUCUGGGACCCUCAGUUCUUUGGACACUGUUCCCACGCAGGAGCUUCCCUCAAUCCCUGAGGACCCAGAAUCUGAAGAGCUUGUUCCCCAGCCUUGGGGUCGACUCUUUGCACUUGGAAAAGGUUUCAGCAACUGUGACUGCGUGAAUGAUGAACACUGGUUUGGAAGAGACAAAAGCUGUGAUUAUAGUUUUUCUAAGCUAGGAUUGUCUGAGACUGGCUUCUACCAAAACUAUAGCAAGAAGCAUUUCCGAAUUUUCAGGGAAAUGGGUCCAAAAAAUUCUUAUGUUGCCUACAUUGAAGACCACAGUGCAAAUGGAACUUUUGUUAAUAGAGAGCUCAUUGGAAAAGGGAAGAGGCUUCCACUGACUCACAACUGUGAAAUUGCAUUGUCUAUACAGACUAAUAAGGUGUUUGUAUUUUCUGAUCUUAUGGUGGAUGAUCAGUUGGUGUUUCCUAGAGAAUUCAGAGAGAAAUAUAUCAUGUCAAAGACACUGGGAAGCGGUGCCUGUGGAGAAGUCAAACUGGCAUUCGAGAAGAGCACUUGUAACAAAGUUGCGGUAAAGAUAAUCAAUAAACGGAAGUUUAUGACAAGUGGCAUUAGAGAGGCACCUUGCUUAAUCAAGAUCAAAAACUUCUUUGAAGCAGAGGAUUACUACAUUGUUUUGGAACUGAUGGAAGGAGGAGAAUUGUAUGACAGAGUGUCAAGGCCAAUCAAGAUGAAAGAAGCUACCUGCAAGUUGUAUUUUUAUCAGAUGCUGCUGGCUGUAAAGUAUCUUCAUGACAAUGGAAUUAUACACCGAGAUCUAAAGCCAGAGAACGUGCUACUUUCAUCUUCUGAUGAGACAUGUCUUAUAAAGAUUACAGAUUUUGGACAAUCCAAGAUUCUUGGAGAAACUUCUCUUAUGAAAACAUUAUGUGGUACUCCCACGUAUCUUGCUCCUGAGGUUCUAAAUUCACUUGGGACUGCUGGAUACAGCCGAGCUGUGGACUGCUGGAGUUUAGGAGUUAUUCUUUUUGUAUGCUUGUGUGGAUAUCCACCAUUUAAUGAGCAAAAUACUCGACUGUCUCUGAAAGAUCAAAUCACUCGUGGAGAAUACACAUUCAUUCCAAAAGAAUGGAAGCAUGUAUCAGAGAUGGCACUGGAUCUUGUGAAGAAGCUGUUAGUAGUGGAUCCAAGCAAACGUCUUACAACAGAGGAAGCCUUAGAGCAUCCUUGGCUUCAGGAUGAGGAUAUGAAGAGAACAUUUCAACAGCUACUUGCUCACACAUGUGCCAGUAUGAAUCCACCACAAACAUCAAAAAUGCCAACCACAACAAGAAAGCGUCUCCAUGAAAAUGAGGAAGAAUCUGGCUCUAAGCGUGCUGUUCCUUCUACAUCAUUUCAGAAAAUGAGGUGAAAAAAAGAGGAAGUGACUUCUGUUAAUUAUAGCUUUUUUAUGAAAAGCAGGAUUUUUUUUAUUUAAGAAAAAUCUUAAUAAUGGAAUAACUGUUGAAGAUGCAAUUGCUAAAUAAAAAUAACUUUGUAAGACUGAA